CCAUACCUUUGAGAUCAGAUGUUAUGCGCAUAAUAAGGCAAAUCGGUCAUGUGGUUGAAUACGUGGAUUCGAAUACAGGUAUAACCAGGAGAAUUUGCUUCGCCCUGGAAUCACAGGUGCAGUUAUAUCGGAAACAUGGAGAGGUGGUGUGUAUUGACUCAACAUACAACACCAAUAAGGACGG